UUUUUUAUUUUUUUCAGCGCCCUCCCGCUUUUUGCACGAGCAGCGUUUUUUCCGCCGUCCUAAUAUUAAUUAUUAUCAUUAAUAAUAUUAUCAGGGGUGUUAUUAUUCACUAAUUCGAGCGCAGAGCGUGCGCGCUGUGCACGCGGGCUGAGUGUGUGCGCGCGCUCCGGCGGGUGUGAGCGGGGAGCUUCGGCUGGCGGAUCUGAGGGGAAUGAGCCCAGUUCUGUUUUCCUCGUGAAGCCACGGGUCCUGCGCAGGUCAUGCAGCGCGGUCAGGGUCAGGCCGUCCGGCGCCGCCGAGCAGAGCACUCGGACACGCUGAAGCCACCGAAACCCAAACAGGUACGCCCGGCCUCAGGUGAGCACAGGCCGGCCGGGCCAGUGAAAACAGUCAAAGUGGACAAAGGGGCCACCGGGCAGUGCCGCCUGUGCCACGGUCACUUCUCCACCCGCAGGCUGCGGCGCGUCUUCGGGAAGCCCCCGGACUCGGAGCAGUUCUGCAGAGACUUCCAGCGUCUCCUGGGCGUCCCGCUGCUCCGCGACCCGUCACUGUCCCAGUUCAUCUGCAGGACCUGCUACGGCCAGUUCUACAAGUGCCUCGCUGUCCUGACCAACUUCAGAGCACGAGUGAACCUCACACCCAACUCCACCAUCACAGACAGCAGACCCACAAAAUGGCCUUCAUCAAAAGACGACAAGAAUCGAGCACGUGUUCAGAUCCAGGGUAGGAUUCCCUCACCUGUCCAGUCUGAUGACAGUGACCUGUCAGACAGUAGUCUCUCCAGUGAUGAGGACGACGACGAUGAUGACGAUGACGACGACGACGAUGAUGAGGACAAGAGGAAGAGCAGCUCAUCUGACGACAGCUCUGACCCCUAUGCAGAGAAUCGGGUGAGCUCCUCCAAGAAGAUCAGUAAAGAAACUAUAAAGAAACCAGUGAAGCUGAAGAUCCUGCAGCCCAAAGAGAGGAAGAAGCCUGGCCCCAAGCCCGGCUGGAAGAAGAAGGCAGGACUAGAGGGCGAGGCGGUCGUCUAUACCUGCCACCACCAGGGCUGCAGCGCUGUGUACAAGACACGGGACGGCCUGAAGAAACACAUACGGGAGCAUCAUGAGGACGUGAGAGAACGGCCGUGUCCUCAUCCGGGCUGCAACAAGGUCUUCAUGAUCGACCGUUACCUGCAGAGACACAUGAAACUCAUCCACACAGAGGUGAGGAACUAUGUGUGUGAGCAGUGCGGACAGACGUUUAAGCAGAGGAAGCACCUUCAGGUCCAUCAGAUGAGGCACUCCGGAGCCAAACCUCUGCAGUGUGAGGUGUGCGGGUUCCAGUGCCGUCAGCGUGCCUCCCUGAAGUACCACAUGGUUAAGCACCAGGGCGAGGAGGACCUGGAGUUCGCGUGUGCUCUGUGCAGGAAGCGCUUUGAGAAGGCGCACAACCUGAACGUCCACAUGAGCAUGGUGCACCCGCUGCUGCAGGGGGGUGGGAUCAUGCUGCCCGACGACCCUGAACACCCGAUGCAUCCCGACCCCGCCGACCUCGAUGUGAAGGAGGGAGGGAUUGUGAUGCCGGCUGACCCCGCUGACCUUGCCGCAGAGGGGGUCACCUUGCCCUCUGGCCCUGACAACCACGACCCUGGUGCAGAAAGGGGUGGAGUCACACUGCCCUCUGACCCUGACAACCACGAGCCUAGUGAGGUCGCUGCAGAGGGGGGUGAGGUCACACUACCCUCGGACCCCGACAACGUUGCCACAGAAGGGGGUGAAGUAACGCUGCCGUCUGACCACGACAACCACGACCCCGGCGAUGUCACUGUGGAAGAAGGUGAAGUAACACUGCCCUCUGACCCUGACUCUGGUGACCUCGCUGCCGAAGGGAGUGAAGUAACGCUGCCCUCUGAUCCUGACAACCACGACCCUGGCGACGUUGCUGUGGAAGGAGGUGAAGUAACACUGCCCUCUGACCCCGACUCUGGUGACCUCGCUACAGAAGGGGGCGAGGUCACGCUGCCCUCUGACCCCGACCCUGAUCCCAGCACACAGGAGGAUGAGAUUGCGAGGCCCUCGGACCCAGACGGCCACGACCCCGGCGAACUCACGGCGCAGACAAACGCCGAUGGGGCCGAGAUGAACUGCGAGCUGCCGGCCAUCCACAGUGACCUCAUCCAGCCGGCGUUGUAAAGCGCUGCGGUCCGAAAUGAGAGGGACGGAUGCUUUAAAGGAUGAUUCAACUUUUUAUUACAUUUAAUACUUUUUUCAAGUUAUGAAAGUCACAUUCAGCUCGAACACAGUUCACAACAUUUCUUUAAUGUUCCUGUUUCGUGAUGCAGAUGUUGAAACAGAUGUUUCUCAGACUCGGACUCGAUCCUGCAGAAAAACAGAAACAGUGAACUUUCACCAGAACUUUUUUUUUUUAACCCUUAGAAGUGAAUUACAUUUAUUUUGCUACACUGUUCAAAUGUAACGUUACAUUCGUCUGCAUGGACGCGUCUCAGGCCCACCUUUUCUGUUAGAUGUUAAAAAGUAAAAAAAAAAAAAAAAGGGGGGGGGGGGGGGGGGGGAUUUUUCUGCAAAUCAGCUGGAGAUAAGUCACGUUUCAUCGAAUUCAUCAUAAUAAAAUGUCUUCUCUGCUACUCACAGACACCGAGUCAGAAAUGAUUCAUAUGAAGGUCCACUGUGACCAUCGCAGCCCAAACGGCCUGAGUCCCACAUUUUUCUGGCAUUUUGUGACUUUUCCAUGUGUGUAAUGCUUCUGCUCCAGCCUGUUACUGUGCCUGUAAGGCUGGUAUAUGUAAAUGAGCUCUGUUCUGAUUGGCUGCCCUGUAUUGUGACAUUUAAAAAGCAGUCCACGUUGACACUCCUUA